ACUGCACCGUUGGUCACAAAUCAUGAACACCGGAGGCAGACCAGCUAUUCUCUCCGUUUAUGGGGCUUGACAAAGAUAACUGGCUAGUCCUCAUUCGGCGAUUGGCGCUCCUUCUCAUGCAAUCUGCAGCUAAGGAUCCUGUUUUCCCAAGAAGUUUAGAUUAUCUAUCGAUACUGGAGAAACUCAUGGAUGCAAAUGUCUUCCAACUGUCGGUGCCCGAAAGAGGCCGAUCACUCUGUGUUGGAAUUUCUAUUUACCUUGUAAGACGUGGCUUGUAUUGGAACAUAGCAGAGUCAUUCAGGAGGAUACCCAUCGAUGCAAAAUCGACUCCAUCAAUCCCUUCGCUGAUUUCUAUCUCGACAACGCCAUUCUCGGUGUUUCCUCCUGCCACCCCAGAGUAUAAGGAAUGCCUCCAUGCCUUUACCAUUGAUAUCCUUACGUUGCCGAUUUUACCAAACCGAUUGCCUUUGCCAGUUGUGUCGCAAUUGGCCGCUAGGCUACCAUUUGUCUCACUUGCGCAGCUUUCCAUACCUCAUAUUAUAUCUCGUCUUUCUGGAUCCUCGGAGAGUAGGGUGCAUCUGAUGGCAAAUCUUCUUACAUUUGGAUCACAGAGGGUAUCGAAGGCAUCCUCGCCCACUCUAAACAUGUAUUUGUCUUUCCUCGUCGCUCUGAUGGAUUCUUUGAAGCCAGGAUGUAUGGACCCUCCAAGAAACUCUAUUUCAAAGCGGAGGCAGUCCGGUGCUGCAACUCCGUGGCUGAGUGACUCGUCGGAUACCGAGGACGAGCAUCAUGCAGGAGGAGCCGAAUCGUUCAGCCUUCGGCUAGACUCUAAAACUUUAUUCCGACUCCAAACCCUGUAUUCUCGCUCGGACUUAGAAGCGCUUGUGCAUGCGACGCAACGUCAUCCGGAUGUGCGCCAGAAAAUCUUUGAUUAUUUCACAGCUCUUUGGCUGGUAUGGCCGAGUAAGAAGGAUAAGGUGAUGACGGUACUAAAUAGCGGCUCAUCGAGCAUUGGAUUUGGUCUCACAAAAGAUGUUUGGAGGGGAUGGGUGCGGUCAAGUGCAAUUGGAAAAGAAGAUGAUCCCAAACGAGCUAUCGAGAAACUCACAGCACCGUCCCUUGCAUCGCAAUGGCCACCAUUCUUGUUCAUGACUGAGUUAUACACUCACAACCUCCUCACAAUGGGGGACGAGGAAUUUUUUUCUUCGGCGCCCGGUGCUACUCGGGCUGGAGCUGGCGCCGGGAAUCCCCUGACUUUGGAUGAAGUUGCGUCGCUCUCGCGCCAAUUGCUCAAUGUGGCUUUUCCGCUGUACUGGCAUGAAGACCAGACGAUCUCUAACGACAGUGUCCCCGGCCUUCGCCUACAAUGGAAGUCUGUCAGAGAAAUGGCUACACAAUGCUUACAGGCUAUUCAAGCGAGAGACUCUAGAAGACCAUUUGUCCCCUUGAAUCACUGGCUCGUUACCUCCCAGAUUGACAUGCGACCCUUCGUUGAGGCGGCUGUUGCUGAUGAAGGGUCACUUGAUCGCCCAUCUAAAGUGUCGCGUGUUCUGUCGAGGCGUCAAAUGGCUUCCAUGUCGCCUCGGCUUGGUGUACUGAACAACAUCCCGUUUUCCAUCCCGUUUUCCGUUCGGGUCCAAAUCCUCCGUCGCUUCAUAGCCAACGAUGCUAGUCGUUUGGGGCUUGAUGACUGGUUCAACCUCCAUCGGUCAAGACCACGGUUCCAAGCUACCAUUAGGAGGAAACAGGUAGCGAAAGAUGGGUUCGAUCAACUCAGUGGAUUGGGUGCGGCUUUAAAGGAAAGAAUAUCUAUUACGUUCGUUGACGAAUGGGGAAAUGAAGAAGCAGGGAUUGAUGGAGGCGGUGUGUUUAAGGAGUUUCUGACUUCUUUAACGAAAGAAGCCUUCGAUACAGAUCGAGGGCUUUGGCUUGCUACCAACCGUCAGGAAUUGUAUCCAAAUCCACAUUCCUAUGCUAGAGAAGCACACCAACUGAACUGGUACAGAUUCAUUGGUCAAGUACUCGGGAAAGCCCUGUAUGAGGGUAUCCUGGUUGAUGUUGGUUUUGCAUCAUUCUUUCUUGGGAAGUGGCUUGGACGACAGAGUUAUCUAAACCUGGACGAUCUCCGAUCACUAGAUCCCGAGCUUUACAAUGGCCUAGUCUUCUUGAAACAUUAUGAAGGGAAGGUAGAAGACCUGGCUUUAAAUUUUGUUGUCGCGAACGACGAGUUCGGAGUUGCGAAAUCGAUCGAUCUCAUCCCAAAUGGCAGCAACGUGCCCGUGACUCGGGAGAACCGUACUCAGUACAUUUACCUCGUGGCGAAUUAUCGUUUGAAUAUUCAAAUCAAAAAGCAGAGCGAGGCUCUUUUUGAAGGGGUUGCAGACAUGAUCGAUCCGAAGUGGCUCAGGAUGUUCGAUCAGCAAGAGUUGCAAAUCUUGAUCAGCGGAACCCAGGAGCCAGUUGACAUUGACGAUUUGAAGCGAAAUACAGUUUAUGGGGGUCUCUACGACGAGAAUCACGCAGUUGUGCAGGGUUUCUGGAGGGUCGUAGAGUCUUUCGACCAGAAGCAGAGACAAUCGUUGCUGCGGUUCGUGACUAGCUGCAGUCGAGCACCAUUAUUGGGCUUUCAGGAAUUACAUCCCCACUUCUCCAUCCGUGACGCAGGUUCGGAUGACUCCCGGCUCCCCACAAGUAGCACAUGCGUCAAUUUACUGAAAUUACCCCAAUACCCCAAUGAAUACGUGCUUAGAAGCAAACUUCUUCAGGCGAUCACAGCGAAUGCCGGUUUUGAUCUUUCCUAGACUUGGUCCCCCGUUCCCCAGUAGUACACAUGCUUUCAUGCAUGCUAUUAGAGUCGACAAUCCCAGUAAUAUUACAAUAAAUUACACAGUAAUCAUAAUCAAUCCACCUUUCUAGCCCACUUCCUACUUCCUUGGUUCGCUAG